UAUGUGCAUAAAGUAAAUAUUUGUCACUUUCUACUUCUAGGUCCACUGUCCUUCUUUCCUCAGUGGAAGCUGAAUCAUUAUGAUGUUAUUGUAGGUGUUUUGUCAGCUCGACACAAUCAUGAGCUACGCAGUGUUAUAAGGAACACUUGGGUCAAGCACCUGAAGCAACAUCCUGCCCUGAACCAACGUGUCCUUGUGAAGUUUAUAAUAGGUGCGCAUGGUUGUGCUGUGCCAGUGAAGGACAGAGAAGACCCCUACUCCUGCAAACUUCUGAACAUCAGUAACCCAGUUUUGAAUCAGGAAAUUGAAGCAUUCAGUCUCCCUGAGGACAUACCUUCUGUACUGUCUGAGGACAGAAUCGUCAGUGUGAACUUUCGUGUGCUUUACCCCAUUGUCAUUACCAGCCUUGGGGUAUUUUAUGAGGCUGAUGGGGUGGGAUUCCAGAGGAACAUCACUGUAAAGCUGUACCAGGCAGAACAUGAGGAAGCGAUCUUCAGUGCUCGCUUUAGUCCACCAAGCUGUGGAGUGCAGGUGAACAGAUUGUGGUACAAGCCAGUAGAGCAGUUUAUUUUGCCAGAGAGUUUUGAAGGUACAAUUGUAUGGGAGAGCCAGGAUCUUCAGGGCUUGGUUUCAAGAAAUCUUCAUAGAGUGAUGGUGAAUGAUGGAGGAGGUGUUUUCAGAGUCAUUACAGCAGGGGAAGGGUCACUGCCACAUGAACUCACAGAAGGUGUGGAGGGAAUAGCAGGUGGUUUUAUCUACACUAUUCAAGAAGGUGAUGCUCUUUUAAAAAGCCUCCAUACUCGCCCAGAAAGGUUUACAAGUCACAUUAAAAACCUUGAGAAAGAAGAUGCUUUAUUGAAGGAAGAAAGCAGUACCUAUGAUGACAUUGUUUUUGUGGAUGUGAUCGACACUUAUAGAAACGUUCCCUCCAAAUUGCUGAACUUCUACCGAUGGACAGUUGAAUCAACAAGUUUUGACUUGUUGCUGAAGACGGAUGAUGACUGUUACAUUGAUUUGGAAGCUGUUUUUAACAGGAUAAUGCAGAAAAAAUUGGACAGGCCAAAUAUUUGGUGGGGAAAUUUCAGACUAAAUUGGGCAGUUGAUCGAACUGGGAAAUGGCAAGAACUGGAGUAUCCAAGUCCUGCAUACCCAGCCUUUGCUUGUGGGUCUGGCUAUGUCAUCUCCAAAGACAUUGUGCAGUGGCUGGCAAGCAACUCUGAAAGAUUAAAAACGUACCAGGGUGAAGAUGUGAGCAUGGGCAUCUGGAUGGCAGCUGUAGGACCCAAGCGAUAUCAAGAUGGUCUCUGGUUGUGUGAGAAGACAUGUGAGAGUGGCAUGCUGUCUUCCCCCCAGUACUCUCCCCAGGAACUGGGAGAGCUCUGGAGAUUAAAGGAACUGUGUGGAGAUCCAUGUAGAUGUGAGGAAAGAUGAUGGACUUGCCUUGGAAAACAGAGUAGUGUAUAAUGAUAAUGGAAAAGUGUACAUUUGGAUUCAUUCAUGGAAUAAGAAAUAUUAAGGUAACUUUUAAUGUUGGGUUUCAACUAAAGUAUAACAAUAUUUGCACAUCCCUUUUGAUAAUCACGAGUGGACUGAUACUAUUUGUUUUCUAUAGUAUAGAUGUUGAUCAGACAAAAACCAAAAUGUUCAAUAUUAAAAAAAAAAAAAAAUCCUUUUUAUAAAAAGUCAAAGACCUACUUGUAAUUAAUAAAUGCACAUAAGAAUGCCAACCAGCCUGUCUUUUGUAAAUUAAAGCACUACUGAUUUGACUGAGUAUAGGGCUGUUCCAGGAUCCCGUGGAGAGUUGUGCUCAGCACCAGGGCAGCUGGUAAGUCUUGCUGCAGCAGAUUCUGUGCUGUCUGAGGAGUUGCCCUCAUCUGUGCAGGGAUGGGGACAGCAAUGGGGGCCAGGAUUUGUGAUCAGUUUGUUUAUACCACUGUCAUUUAGAAAGAAAUAAAAUCAAGGUUUGCUUAUACCGAAUCUUCAAGUACUGCAAAGUUGGCGUGAUUUAGGAGGGAUUUCUGAGAGCUCACUGUGUUACUAGAUUGGAAUCUGAGGUUACACAAGUGAAAGUUAAGUAAGAUCAAAGAACAGCAUGCAUAAGAUUAUAAAAUAAAUAGCAAUGCCUUGCAGUAUGCUGAGAACUUCUUUAUAAUGUGGUAUGUUAAUACUGUAGGGUAGAAGAAAGGUCUGGCAGAUUUUGACCCAAAUCAUCUAAGGCAGAUACUUCUAAAAUUACUACUGGGUUUCAUUCACUUUAAGGUCAUUGGACGUAGGUGAAGGCAAAGAGCAGGUGGCCUCUCUAGUGCAGCACUAAUCUAGUCUUGUCAGCAAAGAUAU